AUGUUUUUGACUCGAGUAGCUCCUCGACUCAGCGGCCUGGUGCCUCCUUCAGCGGCUAUCACACGCUCUACUACAAUCCUCACCGUUAGGAAAGGUCCUGAUGUGGUUAUAAUGGGCGAUGGACAAGUAACCCUUGGCGAUAUGAUUAUCAAGGACAAUGUUCGUAAACUGAGGCGAAUCAACGACAACAUCAUUGCUGGUUUCGCUGGUUCCACGGCGGACUGUCUAGCGUUGAUGGAUAAGCUGGAAGGAAAGCUAGAGGAGCAUCCUCAACAGCUUUUGAGGAGUUGUGUGGAGCUUGCCAAGAUGUGGAGAACUGAUAAAAUAUUAAGGCAUCUGCAGGCUGUGAUCCUUGUGGCUGAUGAGAACAUCACAUUAGAGGUCACUGGCAAUGGGGAUGUGCUUGAAGCCAAAGACGGAAUAUUUGCUAUCGGCUCUGGUGGCCCAUACGCCUUGGCCGCUGCAAGAGCGCUUAUUGAUACCGAAUUGACCGCCCACGAAAUAUGCGAGAAAGCCAUGAAGAUCGCAGCAGAUAUAUGUGUUCACACCAAUCACAACUUUGCUGUGGAAACGUUGAAAAGUGUGACGAAAGAUUGA